GACGGACAUAUUGCUAUGAAUGAAGACCCGGUCAUUAUCGCUCUCUUUGGGCCGGCUCCGUCGAAUGUUGACCUCACUGCGAGUGAUGUAUCGGUUAAUAAUGGCGUGGUCAUUGCAAUGCUCUGUCUCGCGGCAGUGUUUGUGAUUCUACGCUUUACUGCUCGGAUUAUCCUUGGAAAUGCCUUGAUGGCGGAUGACUGGGCAAUUAUUGCGGCAUUAGUGAGCGGCACUACUGGUUCUGGAAAACACAUCUGGGCUGUCAAGCUGGAAGAAUUGAUGGAUUUGUACAGACUCCUAUUCUCUUACACGUUUAUUUAUGCAGCGGCCUGCACUUGCACCAGACUCUCGAUACUUGCUUUUUACAGGCGAGUCUUUUCCCCAUUGGAACAGUCGUUGAAAGUGGCGCUCUUUUGUGGCUUGUUCUUCACACUCUCCUAUCCAAUCAUCAUUUGGGUAACCAUGGGAAAUGCUUGCCGACCAGUGUCCCAUUUUUGGACACAAUUCAGCGACACGAAGGGGAAAUGCAUCAAUGUCAACCAAUUCUUCCUCGCAUUAGGGAUCCUUAACAUGCUGAAUGAUUUUAUCAUUCUGAUAAUCCCUUUUCCGCGAAUCGCCCAGCUCCAAAUGACUCUGCGGAAGAAACUAGCAAUUUGUGGCAUUAUGGCCGUGGGAAUAUUUGUAUGUGUUGCCAGCAUCGUGCGAAUCUAUUUUCUAUCGGAGUUUAUGAAGACCGCCGAUGUGACUUGGCUGAUGGGGCCUGUAUUCAUCUGGUCAACCAUCGAGCCAUCAGUCGCUGUGGUUUGUGCCUGUAUGCCGCAUCUUGCUCCGCUUGCCCGACUCGCCCAUCGAUCAAUCUUAUCCAGUUUGCAUUCACAACGGGCCACCGGUAUUUCUUCCAAAGGAAUGGAAGGACAAAGUGGUUCCGGGCAGGGUCUCCAAAGGAAUAAAAUCAACAACCAUGGACCAACAUUUGACUAUGGUUUCAAUAAAAUGAAGGGCGCAAACGACGAUGAAAUCGGACUAACUAACUAUGUCACUGUCGGUCCUAAUGGAGGCAUGCACCCUUCAAAUGACUCCGUCGAGGACAUUAGUCAAAACCAUUCGAUUGCUGUUCAUUCAAGUUUUGUCCAGUCGGCCUCACCACGACCUUGGUAG